CUGAGAAGCUUUGUCCUACCUCGUCCCUAGGUCGAGAGAAACCCCAUCCUAGGAGAGCAGACGAGCUGAAAGGAUCCAUCGAACUACAACACAUCCCAUAGAAGUAGCCGCAGCCAUGUUGGCCUCCCUUUACGCCGCCUUCUGCCUGGGCUCUCUGCUAUUCUCCCCAGCGCGGGCCCUCUUGGAGGUCUUCGAGGUUUAUCAACCGGUCUCUAUAACCCAUGGCAGCGCUGGGUGUAAUACAGAGGUUCUAUUGAUGGACCAUGUGUUCGGCUAUAGCUACGGGGAACCAUAUGUCGGGAUCUACGAGCCACCAAACUGUACAUUUGACACUGUUCGCAUCAACUUCACUGUCACCUCCAAAGGCACGCAGUAUGACCGUUUGGCUCUCAUGUACCUUGGGGACACAGAGGUGUUCCGUACAUCAACAGCGGAGCCAUCAACCAAUGGAAUCAUCUGGACUUAUAUCAAAGACAUGUCACAGUUCAACGUGUUGUGGAAAGAGAAGCAAAAAUUGAUCUUCGACCUUGGAAAUAUCAUCACUGACGUCUAUACCGGGUCCUAUAAUGCCACGCUGACGGCAUAUUUCUCGUAUGAGGGCAAUGUCAAGACUCCUGAUGUCAUUCUUCCUAUUUCUGCACGCAAAUCAGGGCAGAAUGCAUCAAGCGAUUUUGAGCUUCCAACAGAUAAUGCUACCGUGCUAUAUCAGUUUCCCCCGACAACCUCCCGUGCCGUUGUCUCUAUUUCCGCAUGUGGGCAGUCAACGGAAGAGUUCUGGUGGUCCAAUGUCCUCUCCGCUGAUGAGUACUCCUUUGAUAACACUAUUGGUGAGCUCUAUGGAUUCUCUCCUUUCCGUGAAAUCCAGCUCUAUAUCGAUGGCAUCCUUGCCGGAGUAGACUGGCCGUUUCCCAUCAUUUUCACCGGCGGUGUCGCACCCGGCUUCUGGCGGCCCAUUGUGGGGAUUGACGCCUUUGACCUACGGCAGCCUGAGAUAGAUAUCUCUCCCUUCCUCCCUUUGCUUACGGAUAACCGCUCUCACUCGUUCGAAAUCAGGGUCACAGGAUUGAAUGUUUCAGAUGAUGGAACAGUUACUUUUUCUAACACUGUUGGCUCCUACUGGGUGGUCACCGGCACCAUAUUCCUGUACCUAGAUGAUUCUGUGUCGCAAUCAGUUACAAACUCGACGAACGGCCAAGCACCCGAGGUAAUUGCACCAGCGCCAACUUUUGAGGUCACCCGGAAUCUGGCCCAGAGUCGAAACGGGACGAACGAAACUCUAUCUUACUCAGUCUUGGCCGAGAGAACACUUACCGUGCAGUCUUCUGAGUACUCAUGGAGUCAGAAUCUGUCGUACUCCAACUAUGGUUCCUUGAACCAGCAAGGACUGAGCCAGAAGAACAACCAACAAACCUUCGGCCAAAACUCGAUUUCACAGCUUACGGGGACCAAGACCACCGAUGAGAUUACGUUCGAAUAUCCCUUAAUUUGUAACACGACAUACGGACUGGAGGACGGGCUUUCCAUUAGCGCUUUAAUACGCAGAGGUCUGGACAUCGAAUCGACAGGUGGUCUCGGGGUUUCAACUUAUACCUUCACCUCUGGGGCUUUGAAUCUGCACACUGAGCAAUGGGGUACGGCAUAUUAUUAUGAGUCAUCGGAUGAUGAGGGCUCGGUCUCGACCGGUGAAACAACCGAUGUCUUCCAAAGCAAUGCUGGUGGAGUCCCAUACUAUCGCAGCGUCCGUGCGGUGAAUGGCACCGUUGUAUCCGACACAGACAGCUAGGUACGUACCUGGCACUUGCAAUACUCGGUCAGGUAUGCAGAGGUUGGAAGAUUUGAUCGGACUCGGAGGCGCCAAGUCUCAGGUACUAGUGGGAUUGGAAAUGGGAUUGUAAAUACAGUAACAGGGCUUAUUAUUUCGUUCUCUCAGACCUGCGUAGGCGAGAAUUCUUA